AUGGCUUUAGAAAUCAAGAUCAGGUUAGUUAACGAAGACGAUUCCUUGACUAGAAGACAAGGAGGAAUUUGUCAGAACGACCACGGAGUUCCUCUUGUGACGUGGAUCAAUGAAGAGGAGACAGUUCUAGGAGUUGGCUCUGUGUUCAGAGUUGAUAAGGAUACGAAAUGCAUAGGACCUUUCCUUUACACGAGUACAGCCCGAAACAAAGUGUUUAUAGAGUGUCUUCUAGAGGAAACUAAGUAA